AUGUCCGAUAAACCUCCGGUCUGUUCAUUCUUUACGCGGGCUGGGGGAUGCAGAUACGGCAAGAACUGUCGCAACCUACAUCCAGGGGAACCCACAGCGGGAUCGGGAUUCAAUAGUAAUAAUAAUGCCUGGAAUCGCCAAACGACAGCAGCUUCCAACGACUCAAAGGCUUCAGGUGUAAUACCGUAUACAGAGACCUCUAUAUCCAAUGAUCUCGAUCCAAAGAACGAGAAACCUUCCUGGCCACUCUCAUCCUAUGGACCUGCAAAAUUCGAGCCUCAGUUGAUCAAAGGCUUUGACGAAUCACCUGAAGAGCUGCGAUGGAAGGCUGUCACAGCGCAGCAGACUGGCAAUAUUAACCAAUACCUGCAAUAUGAAACCAACAGGAUAGCAGAGGCGAAUCGAACGUAUGAAGAUGUCAGAAAUAACGUCGCAAAAGCCUACGCGGAAGCGUCAAAGAACUCUGCAAUACCAGCAGGCGCCUCAGAGCCAAAGUCUGUCUUUGGCUCGGGCUCAGCCUUCCCUUUAUCUUCAUCGGCCUUCGGAAACACCUCUACAACAGUGCCAUCCGCCUUUGGGAAGACAACGACACCGUCUGUCUUUGGCGGUAAUACCACACCCUCUGCCUUCGGCAACACCAGCGCUCCGUCCGCCUUUGGUAACACCAGCACUCCUUCUGCCUUCGGUAGCACUACCACACCGUCCGCCUUCGGCAACACUUCAACACCUUCAGCAUUUGGCACUCCCGCUAACACAACUACAACCUCUGCCUUCGGCAAACCCGCGUUCGGUGCCCCAUCUGCAUUUGGCCAACCAGCCUUUGGGCAGCCAGCGUUCGGGAAGCCGGCGUUUGGACAGGCCGCUACGCCUGCUGCAUCGACGAGCACCACGACAAGUGUAUUUGGGCAACCUGCGAACACCACAGCACCAACAUCCGUUUUCGGCCAACCCGCAUCGACUACAACAGCACCGACGACCUCCGUGUUCGGACAACCAGGGAUGAGUACAACAGCACCUACGACCUCCGCAUUCGGCCAACCUGCCUUUGGUCAACCGUCAGCCUUCGGACAGGCCCCCAACAAUCAGGCGGGAUCGUCAUUCAUCAAGCCCGCGUCUGGAGCCUUCAGUGCAUUCAGCGGGACUGGGGCGUCACCCUUCGGCAGCACCGCGACUCCCAGCACGAACACAACCACCACUCCGGCGACUGGAAACGCGUUUUCCGCCUUCGCAGGGCAGCCGUCGGCGUUUGGCCUUGGGGCAGCAGCUGGGUCUGGCACGAAUACUACACAAACAGGUGGUUCGGUAUUUGGGCAGCCGGCGUUUGGACAACCGGUAGGGAACCCGCUGAACCCACCAGCACCAGCAGGUGGUUCAACAUCCGUCUUUGGCGCACCCGCUCAAGGUGGGACUACGUCGGUGUUUGGUGCUCCUGCUGGAACCACGACAACGUCGGCCUUCGGGCAGCCAUCGGCUUUCGGCCAGCAGCAGCAACCGCAACAACCCAGUUCAGUUUUCGGUGCACCUGCUGCAGGCGGCGGUUCGGUGUUUGGAACACCAGCAGGUAGCUCAACCUCGGUAUUUGGCAACACGACGACGAACCCAACCAACCCCUCCGGUUCUGUCUUUGGCCAGAGUGCUUUCUCCAACCAGCAGAAACCCUCCUCUGUCUUCGGCGGAGCGACAACACAGCCAGCCACGCAGCCGACCUCAGUCUUCGGCGGAGGGACGUUCGGCCAACCGUCCUCCUCUCAGCAACAACCCCAGCCCGGGCUCUCAGCAUUCGCGCCUACAGCACCUUCGAUAUCCAUGCAGUCUACCUCUGGCUCCGGCUCGAACACGAACUCUAAAUCCAGUACGAGCGCCCCGUUAGACUUCAGCAAGAUCAAGGCGAGCUACAAGCCGGGCUCGACGCCGUAUGACUCGACGCUGCCCCCCAACUACUCAGAGCUGCUGCCCAAGGCGAUGGUGGAGGCGUUCAAGGCGGCCAAGUUCGAGUGGGGGAAGGUGCCGGAGUGGGUGCCGCCGUUGGAUGUGCGGUAG